CAAAGUGGUGUAGCCUGUUUCCCACCAUGCAUCAUUCCAGCAUGGUGGACCCACGUCCAGUCGGAGAAAAUAUCAUAUGUUGACAACUUUUCACCAUAAUAACUUGAGAAACUGGUCUUCUACACACAUCUCAUGGAUGCAUGACUUGUUGCAGUGCCGUCUCCAUAGUUUUAGAACAGCAUGAGUUUUGUUCGGGUGAGUAGGGCCGCCAUACGUGUGGGUGGUGCGUACAUGAGAAGACCCCAGUUUCGACCGACAGCUGUCGGGUCACAGACAUGGACACAGGGCUUCUCACGGGCAAAGUCAAGCACGUCUGACUACGAUACAACACUGUUCAUCCCGGUACCGAUCAAGAACGUCAAUCACGCGGACGACAUCAAUGUGGGGUUUGAGCUGACGGGAGAGCCACUGGAGAAAAGUGAAGUGUUAAAAGCACUGAACAGGUUUUACAAGAGGAAAGAAAUCCAGACUCUGGGAGCAGAAAAUGGGCUGGACAAUCACUUGUUUCACCAAGGAUUCUUGAGCUUCAGAAAGUGGAUUGUUGAGUCGGACGUCCUUCCUCCUGAGGUUCACAUCACACUGUCUGAUAUUCUACGAGGAUCAGGCCAUGUGGACGACAUCUUCCCCUACUUCAUGCAGCACUGUAAGCAGAUCUUCCCCAUGCUGGACUGUAUGGAGGAUCUCCGUAAGAUCAGUGACUCCAGGGACCCAGCCAGCUGGUACCCAGAGGCCCGUGCCAUCCACAGAACCAUCGUGUUCCAUGCUGGUCCCACCAACAGUGGGAAGACAUACCACGCCUUGGAGCGGUUCUCACAGGCCAAGUCUGGGAUCUACUGUGGACCACUCAAACUGCUGGCCAGUGAGGUUCACCAAAAAACAAACGAGAGGGGGGUCCCCUGUGACCUGGUGACAGGAGAAGAGAGAGUGCAUGCCCGGGAAGACGGACAGCCAUCCAGUCACGUGUCCUGUACUGUGGAGAUGACUAACAUCCAUCAGCCAUAUGAGGUGGCAGUGGUGGACGAGAUCCAGAUGAUAAAGGACCCCCAGCGAGGCUGGGCGUGGACCCGCGCCCUGCUCGGUCUGUGUGCGGAGGAGAUCCACCUUUGUGGGGAGCCGGCUGCUAUUGAUCUGGUCACUGAGAUGAUGCUGUCUACUGGGGAGGAGGUGGAGGUGAGAAGGUACAAAAGGUUGACAGGGUUGACCUACCUGAAGGAGCCGCUGGGUUCCUUAAACAACCUGAGACCUGGUGAUGCCAUCGUCUGCUUCAGCAAGGCUGACAUCUUCCAACUCAGUAGGCAGAUAGAAGCCAUGGAAAAGGAGUGUGCAGUGAUUUAUGGCAGCCUCCCACCAGGCACAAAACUAGCUCAGGCCAAAAAGUUCAAUGACCCUGAGGACCCCUGCAAAAUCCUGGUUGCCACGGACGCUAUUGGCAUGGGCAUCAACUUGAGUAUCAAGCGAGUCAUCUUCAACUCUCUGAUCAAACCCACGCUUAACGAGAAAGGGGAGAAAGAAAUGGACAACCUCAGCACGUCUCAGGCGCUGCAGAUUGCCGGGCGGGCCGGCAGGUUUGGGACACACUUCCAGGACGGGGAGGUCACCACCAUGCACAAGGAGGACCUCCAGACUCUUCAUGACAUCAUCAAACAGCCAGUAGAACCUAUUGAGGCUGCCGGACUCCAUCCAACUGCAGAGCAGGUGGAGAUGUUUGCCUACCAACUGCCUGAUGCCAGCAUGUCCAACCUAAUUGACAUUUUCAUCAACCUGGCACAGGUGGACUCUCGCUACUUUGUGUGCAACAUUGAAGACUUCAAGUUCCUGGCAGACAUGAUCCAGCACAUUCCUCUGAACCUGCGGGCCCGCUACGUCUUCUGCUGCGCUCCCAUCAACAAGAAACAGCCUUUCCUCUGUACAUCCUUCCUCAAGUUUGCCCGUCAGUUCAGCCGUGGGGAGCCCAUCACGUUUGAUUGGGUGUGCCGUCUGAUUGGUUGGCCUGUUGCCAUGCCCAGGACCAUUCGAGAGCUCAUGUACCUGGAGUCCAUACAUGAUGUCCUGGAUGUUUACCUCUGGCUCAGUUACCGUUUCAUGGACAUGUUUCCGGACGGGGGACUUAUCCGGAUGAUUCAGCGUGAACUGGACCUCCUCAUACAGGAAUCCGUGUACAAAAUCACCAGACUCAUCAGGCAGAGUGAGUCACAAACGUCCAGUGGCACGUCCGUUAGCGAAGACGAGAUUCCCCGGAGGAGGCCAAAGGGACACAUGUCGGGGCUCCCCAAGUUUGAUGAAAUGGUGGAGGAAGUCAAGGUUUCACCUGCCAAACACGGAGCAACAAGUAUCCCAAAAUCAAGACAGGGCAAGGAGUAUGAUUCAGAGACUGAAGAAGUGGGAAGUAAACACCGCUUGAGUGAUAAACUUGUACAGGAGGGUGUCAUUACACAAAGUAUGCUCGACAAGCUGCGAAAAGAGUGGGAAAGACAGGCCGGGGCUCCGGUCAAGGGGCAUUAUGCAGAUAGCGACGGCAACAUGAAUAACAAAACAAGGAAAAAAAGAGGCGGUCGGAAGAACAAACAUUAAAACAUCCCAGCUGACUUAGCCUACUUAGCAUUGUAUAUGGCAAACUAAAAGCCUUUUUUUCAGGUUUUCCUAGUUUGAAGCUUUUAUCACUGGUACCUUUUUCUGAUAUUAUUAAAUUGAAAUUAAUAAAGCUGUACUUUUCAACCUUUUUUUAGCGGAGUGCAAUAAUGUAUUUGUAUACAUGAACAUGGGCCCCAAGCUCAUUUUAUGAUGAUUUUGGUCCUACAAAUGCACAAGGGAGGCACAUAAAAACAUGACUGGUUUCUUGUCAAGAAAAAAAGCUUUGGUCUAUUUUUUUAUUCCACACAAAUGCUAGUGAGAAAUGGACUUAGAUAACAAAUUGAAAACAUUAUGGACACAACAAGAGAACAAGACAAAUUGAAAAUUUUAUACAUUUUAAUUUAUGUAUCACUGCAAGAUUCACAAAUGAAAAAAGGGAAGAUCUACAUGGAGAAUGAAGGCAUGGGAGAAAAGGGAACCACAGUUCUUGUUCUUAAGUUACUCCUAAGUGUACGAACUUUACCACUACUUUACCAUAUUACCAUGUAGUACAAAAGGACAGUCUAUUCCCUUUCCCAAGAAAGGUUCUCUACCUUACAACUUUGCCUGCAUGAUUUCCAACUGAAAGCAUCCUUGUGCUAGAUAGAAACUUUCCCGUGGAGAGAACUAGUCGUGAGGACUUGCUAUUGUUCAGUGCAUGUAUAAGAGCAGUGAAUGAAAUGGCUUUCUCUGCUUGUCAUUACUGAAGAGCUGUCUCAAAAAUACAUCUACAAGGAUUGGGUUUAAAUUCACAACUAGGUGCUAUUGUACAGCCACACUGUACAACAUGGGACUAACAAC